CGCUGAACGAGUAAUAUUGUAUAUAAACGCGCGGCGCUCUGACCAGUUACCAAAAAGGAAUAAACAGUCUCCAGUGAAAUCGUACCAUAUCGUGGUUUAAGCAUGGCCGUCUGGGAAUCCUGUUCUGGCGGAGUUAUCCCGCCAUCCGCGGUGAGAGCCGGAUACGAGGCGGACGGAAAGCCGCUUUUUAUCGCCCGUGCGCGAAUGGAUGAUGGCACACUGAAUCCUGGCAAGGCUGGCUGCCAUCUACCGGGCGCGCACAUCCCGUGGGGCGGCAAGGAGAAUAUCGUGCAGAACUAUGAAAUCCUCGUUCAACCCGUGGACGCCAUUGGUCAUUACGAAUGGCAGCGUGACUCCGGCGGCCAUGUUCCCAUAUCUGCCAUGUCGACGGACAAAGGAAUGUUCGUGGGACGCUGCCAUCAUGAAGAUGGUCUGGUUCCAUGCAAAGUACACGUUCACUACGGCUGCGCUUUCAUUCCAUACGGAGGCGAGGAACGGAGGAGCAGCGAAUACGAAGUAUUCUGUCGCGUCAAAUAGUUUGGUCGACGACGGCGUUAUUCGCUUGUACACAGAAAAGUGUAGCGUAUUGAUAGUUAAAAAAAAUAAAACAUAUUGUCUUACAAUAGUAAUAAUUUAAAGAAUCAAACCAGACACAAUGUGAAAAAUAGACGUUUAUGAAUGGACAAGUGUGUUUAUUUUCAGACUUAAUAUAAAGUGAAUACUUGUAUAAUUUCAUAUUGCCGAGUAAACUAUGUUAUGAUAACGCUUUUGCA